CACGUGGCGUCGGUUCAGUUCCCAUCGGUGCUACUCCCCAGCUCUGUGAGGUUAAGGCAAAUUGUACAGCCUCUCUGUGCCCCAGUUUACUCCUCUGCAAAUCAGAGCUGACCUUUUGCCAUGGACUUUUUGUGAGGCUUGAAUGAAUCUAAUCCAUCUAAUGAGCUUACUUAGAAGAGAUACAGUAUCCUUAUCCGUAGUUUCACUUGCUGAGGUUUCAGUUACCCCCUCCCCGGAAGCAGAAGAUUCUUCCUCCUGACGAAUCUGCAAAAGGUCAAUAGUAGCCUAUCGCGACUUCAGGGUGCCUGUGCCAGUCUCCUCGCGCCAGGUCUCACGUAGGCUUUUUAUCAUCUCACAUCAUGACGAAAGGCCUUUAAAAGCGGAACCAAGAGGAAGCACUGAGAUUGGCACCUGGGUCUUUGAGAUGCCAAAGACUGCGACCCUUCCAUGAGCCUACUCCUUGACAUUCAACAUUCACCCACACUGAACCAGAAGCUAUCACCAUGACAAGGGACCAGAAUGGAACCUGGGAGAUGGAGAGUAAUGACAACUUUGAAGGCUACAUGAAAGCCCUAGAUAUUGAUUUUGCCACCCGCAAGAUCGCAGUACGUCUGACUCAGACAAAGAUCAUUGAUCAAAACGGCGAUAACUUCAAGACAAAAACCAACAGCACGUUCCGCAACUAUGACCUGGAUUUCACGGUUGGAGUGGAGUUUGAGGAACACACAAAGGGCCUGGACAAUCGGACUGUUAAGACGCUGAUCACCUGGGAAGGCGAUGUCCUGGUAUGCGUGCAGAAGGGGGAGAAGGAGAACCGCGGCUGGAGGCAGUGGGUUGAGGGGGACAAGCUGCACCUGGAGCUGACCUGCGGUGACCAGGUGUGCCAUCAAGUGUUCAAGAAGAAGUAGUGGCCCACGAGGGGGCCUGCUGAGCACGUGCUCCACACUUCCCACAUGGGUUCUCUGUGGGCUUAGGGAAGCAGCCAUGGGGACCCUCCCCUCCUAACAGAGCCCAGUAAGGCAUCUGGAUGGGUUUUAAAACAGAAUGAGUAUGUUAACAGGUGACAAAUACAUACUUCCUUCAUUGAAACCUGGCAUUAAAUGAAAAAACAAAAAUCA